AGGAAGUGCAUGUUAAUGAAUUUUCCUUUCACGGGAACGAUUUGCUUAAGAAUUCGGGUAAUCAAGAGGUGGAAUAUCUGGAAGGAAUUUAUUUAAGUUGACAGGAACGAUUCUUUGUGGCAGUAAACAUAUUUAAAGUAUUUACGCUAAUGACACACAUUCACCAGUAAUUUCAAACUACUAGGUGAGAGUGUCAACAAAAUCGACCUGCCUUUCUUGAAUUUACGUAAAUCGUCAUUGUAUGCACUUGCUUUAUUUUAAUUUAACGCAAGCAAUAGCUUAUCCAUAUCUUUUUUGUAAACUUUAGGAACAAAAGGCCCCUACCUCCUUGUCAAACCAAUUAAAGAGAAGCGACCUUAUGCAAACAUAGUUUAAAAUGUACCUGUGGUUACGCACCUCUCGGAGAGAAAACAAGAGUACUGUAUGCAAAUUCUCCAAAAUGCUUCUUGAAAAUUUCAUGGGGAAAGAAACAAUGCGUGGGAGAACAGUAGAAACUAGGGCUUAGAGAUUUAGAACAGUAUUCUCGGCUCUUUUUGCUGCUUAUCGUUUUUGAUCGUUAAUGUCUUACUAGAAUGUAAUCUCCCAUCACAUACAAGUUUAAACACGAUCUCAUUUUCAUCUGAAAUUUUUCGACAUGAGCGGACAAAAAUAUUGACUUUGGUUGGUAAACAUUUAGAAAACCAAACAGAGCGUUUCUUUUUUGGUUGCUCGCGUGCCACAUGUCUUUCAACCUUUACGGGCGCAGUCGGUCGGCGUUCUUGAACUUGAAUACCGAAUCGUAAUUUACAGCAAGUGGCCAGUCAAGAUGAGCAAUAACGCUACAGCGAACGGUACCGCGUCAGCCAUCAAUUGCUCACACUAUCCCACAGCAGAAAGAGUGGCUAAAACCUUAGCGUACUGUGUGAUUAUCGUUGCAUCUCUCACUGGAAAUAUUCUUAUUGGAUCAAUCGUGUUCAAAAUAAAAUCCAUGAGGAGAACCAUCAACUACCUCAUCGUCAACAUGGCAAUGUCCGACCUUAUUGUUCCAAUAUUUGCUGUCCCGCGGAUUCUCACACAAUUGUACCUCGGCUACUGGUUCAUAGAUGGGCCUUUUGGUUCGGCGCUUUGUAAACUGGCGUACUUCUUGCAAGACGUCUCCAACGCUGUAUCUAUACAAUCAUUGGUCUUAAUAGCAGUUGAUCGAUUUGGAGCGGUAGUUUUUCCUCUCCGUCCCCCAAUUGUCAGAGCCAAGCUUUGCCCGUAUUUUAUAAUGUCGACGUGGAUUGUUGCCAUGGCUCUCCAUUCCCCAUAUUUCUUUGUCCGCAAACUUAGCAACAACUCGAAAGGACAACUUCAAUGUGCUCUGAAGUGGAAGGAAGCCUUCGGAGAAUCAUCUUCUAAAGCGAGUUACUACGUAGCAAUGUUUCUAAUAUUGGCGGUGAUUCCUUUUGCGUUGAUGUCAAUACUUUAUUCCAUCAUCAUCCUAAAGCUCAGAGCUCAAAAAAUACCAGGAGGGGAAUCAGUGAGCGCAAAAGAACUUGAAAAACGAUUGAAGAGAGACCGAAGCGUGCUUCAAAUGGUCCUGGCCAUCGUUAUGGGAUUUGCAUUGUGUUGGGCUCCGUUCAACAUUUUUGCGUUUUUGAACUUUUUUGUAUGGCGCCAACCACCUCAGCCAAGCUGCGGCAUACAACAUUUUGCUUUCUUUGCCACAUUCAUGGCUUACGCGAAUUGUGCCAUCAACCCAUGUAUCUGUUUUAUUUUCAGUGGUAAUUACCGGGAAGGCCUAAAUAGUUUAUUUGGUUGUUCCCCUUCCAAGUGCUGCGUUAAUUCCUGUCUCUGUCCAUUGCGUGGGCAAUCGUGGAACGUUCAAAGUAUGUCGUCAGAUGAACUAAGAGAACCAUAUUUGGAACAUUCUCGAGUAAAUAAAUCAGUUGAUGAUGAAGUCGAACAUCAAGGGCGCAUAGAAGAAAAAGAAGUAAAAUGUGAGAGGGAGUCGGAAAAUCCGAAGGAGGAAGAGAAAGUACCUAAAAAAAAGAAGGUAGAAACAUUGCAAGAGGAACGUAUGAGAGAACAUUUAAAGGCUCAUGUAAAGAGGAGAAUAUCUAGCGAAGAGGAACGUGAGAAAGAAAAACAAAGAGCUCCAGAAAACAGACAGAAAAAAGGUCAGCAACUUUAA